AUGGCAAAUGAACCAGUGAUUCUGAAUGUUUAUGACAUGUACUGGAUUAAUGAAUACACCUCCACCUUGGGGAUUGGUGUCUUCCAUUCUGGCAUCGAGAUCUAYGGCAGAGAGUUUGCCUAUGGAGGGCAUCCCUACCCUUUCAGUGGGAUUUUCGAGAUCACACCUGGCAGUGCGGUAGAACUUGGCGAGACCUUUAAAUUCAAAGAAUCCAUUGCCUUGGGCACCACAGACUUCACAGAAGAGGAUGUGGAUAAGAUUAUGGAAGAGCUGGGCAAGGAAUACAAAGGAAACGCGUACCACUUGAUGCACAAGAACUGUAAUCACUUUUCUUCUGCUCUGGCCGAGAUAUUAUGUGGGAAAGAGAUUCCCCGCUGGGUGAACCGCCUGGCCUACUUCAGCUCAUGCAUCCCCUUCCUCCAGAGCUGCCUGCCCAAGGAAUGGCUGACUCCAGCAGCCCUGCAGAGCCACAUCAGCCUUGGUCUCCACAAGGAGGAACAAGGGGACACAACGGAUGAGGAGUCCCCCUCCACCUCUGCAGCCCCCUCAGCCUCAGGCACAUCACGAACCUGUAGACAUACCCGAGUCUAAACUGCCCAGUUUGCCCCCAAAUAACAUCCUGCUCUCUUGAUUUGUUAUUUCUCACACUCUUUUGCACACAUUGGUGUGUUUCUUCAACAGACAACACAGGAGAGAGAAGAUGCUUUCUACUUCUGUCCCUUUUCCAAGGACUGCCACUACCACUGCUUGGCAAAAUGACUGUGAACCCCAACGCAGAACUGAGGACUAUGGUGACUAAACUGGAUUCUCCUCCCAGGGCCUCCAUGAUCCUUGGUCUAUGGAGAAAUGCUGACUCUCUCAGACAUGAGAGCAUGCAUGUGGGCAGAGUGCACAUACUGUGAUGUUCCUUCUCUGGAACUGUUUUAUCUUUUUAUCUCUCCCUCUACCCAUGUAAACCCAGCAGUCUAUUUUGGCUGGGUUUUCCCUUCCUCAAUGACAAAUCACCUGCCCACACCCAGUGAAGGAACCAGAGCCAGAACUCAACCUUUUCGUCUCUUAGACCAGCAACAAACUCCACUCAGAUUCAUCCUGUUUGUAAUUAUCAGGUUUCUAAYUCAUAUGAAGGACAAAUGAAAGGUGCUCCUGUUCUACAACCACUGGUUUUCAGUACUCAAAUUUAAGAGCUCCAAUGACUGUCCUGCUCUUGAAAAUAAUAACAAAGAACCUAGAAAAUGAAUGUGUUACUAUGGCUUUUCUUUGGGGUCAAAAAGAGGAUGGGGCUGUGGUAAUUAGAGGCAACUACUAAGUAGAUUCAGAGAUGACUCUUGACCAUAUUGGUGCUUUUUGGCACAGACCCCUCUCAGUUCUCCUAAUUCUAGGUAGUGUUCUUGGUUUCCUUUUCUCCCACAGAUUCCCUGGGGAAUCUCUCUCCUAGCUGACAUUUGCUGGCUGUAUUUGGGGAAAUAGCCUUCCUGAGGACAAGGAAGAAGAGAGUGAAUCUGUUUGGAAGGUCAGUAUUUUCUUCAGAUUUUCUUCCUGCACUCAUGGACAUAAAGCACGGCUUCAGAGUCAUCCUUCCCUGACCUAUUCUUGAGCCACCCAAGAAGGUAAAAAACAAAUGGUGAACCCCAAGAAUGUCAACCUGCUCCUUUCUCCUCCCUUUUUGGAGGUGGAGGGGGAAACUUGGGGCCACAUUUGGAAAGCACAGAUGACCCUUCCAAUGCACGGACCACUGUGGUGUCUUCCAUUGUGUGCACUAUUUCACGGGAAUGAAAAAUGAGCACAGCUGGCUCACUGGCCUCUCCAAGCUGGCUCCUGAUAAGAAUCUGGUUCUUGGGUGUAUUUAUGCUAAUUCUGAUAGCUGAUGAGAAAGCACAGGAUGAGGAAAGGACAAGUUCGCUAACACUUCCACUCAAUUACCUCACUAAGAAUUCUUGUCAAAAGGUGUAGAAAAGAAUCAAAGGGGAAAUCCAGGUCCCCACUCUCCCUCGCAACUUCUCUUAGCUACACAAAGGAGGAUGAAAAAGGAACAGGCAGUGUGUUGAGAGGGAGCUGCCAUUUUAGAAAUGCUGUUCUCAGCAGCUACUACCAAGACAGGACUUCCACCCUGCACCCAGAGAGAACUACAAGCCCUUAAGAUGGUGGUUGUUUCCUUUUUUUGGUCGCAAAUACAUGCUAAGUCCAACCAGCUGUUUCUCUAGCUCAGGUGUCCAGGAGUGUGUGCUUUCAGGGCUGAAGGUCUCUGUUAYGAUAUACAUCAUAUCUGUACAAACAGCAUUUAAUGGUUUAUAUGUACAUGCCCUCAGUGAAACAGGAGGCUCUGGAGAGACCUAUUUGAUGGAAAUGUAAGCCACRGGAUGGCCUCACUCCACUGCCUCCUGAAGUGAGGUGUAUUUAGGCAGCAAAACUUUUACAACGUGCCUCUCAUUUUCACCCUCUGUACAAACUGCUGCAAGUUCUCYACUGAACUAAAGUCAUGUUCCUUAUUAACCUUGGCUGCCCACAGACAAUGCUGCAUUGUGAGCAGUUCUGCAGCUCCUGGUAACCAGUCCAAUACCUAUAUUGAUUACACUGGCUUGUCCAGGGAUGUUGGUAAGAUUUSCAUCCUGAUCUCCAUGCCACUGCCCAUUGCCCAUGUUACACAAUGUACUGUUUCACUCUGUAUUCCCCUGCUGUCCUGGUCAUUGCAGCCUAAACCAUUGCAGCAUUACAAACUCCAUUUGUCUGAAGUUCCCAGGGUUUCUGCCAAUAGCCAGCAGCACAUUAUGUGCMGUGAAUUUUAAAGGUCCUUCUCAGGAGGAAAGUGAGAAGAGACCUUCCCAGAGCUUUUGUCUAGGCCAGGGAAACUGUAGUGAGAGACAUCUUGUUCCCAUUGUUGUGACAAAAGCCAGCCWGCCAUCACCCUUGUGUUUCUGCUCUGCACUUGACCUCCAGAUAAUGCAUCAUUUAUCCRUCUAGGAGAAAAUUAGGACUCCAGAGGCACAUUUCACACAGAAAGCCCUCUCAACAACACUCCACGAAGUAAAAAAAUGCUUAGCUGGCUAUAUGAUAAYCUGGACAAGAAAACCACAUUCAGCCUGCUUGGGGACAUAAAUAUGUGCUUGAAGUAUUUGGAACAACAUUUGGGGCAAGCUGUGAAUGUCAUAAAACCCCCAAAUGUUUGUUUACCCGCUUUUAUGUUUGUCUGUCUUUUAUGACAGUAGGGGUCACAUCAAGGAGGCAUCAAAUCUCUGUUGUAAAUCAAUCUCAGAAUAUUUUGCAGUCUUCAAAACUGUUUCUCCCCAUCCCUCUCUGUUCAAGGUGACCGAUCAACCAACAAUGACAACAACGAAACACUGUGGAAAUAAAAUAUAUAUUGAUGAUGGCUUUACCUCUGUAAUUUAACAGCAUUUUAGAU